GGCUCGGCGGACCUCAGACAGGUGACCACGAGUCUGCAGACCCGCAAACGGCGAGUCUACGACAUCACCAACGUCCUGGACGGCAUCAACCUCAUCGAGAAGCAGUCGGCCAACAAGAUCAAGUGGAUCGCGAGGACUCCCAUCUCCAGCUUCCUGUGGAAAAACCAGGAGAAGUUCCAGAGAGAGAUGCAGAACCUGAAGCUGGUGGAGGACACACUGGACACCCUCAUCAAAAGCUGCGCCCAGCAGCUCUUCGCCAUCACUGACAACUUGGAAAACUCUGCGAUGGCCUACGUGACCCACAAGGACAUCAGCCAACUCGGGGCCUUUCAGGAGCAGACGGUGAUUGUUGUCAAAGCUCCAGAGGAAUCCAAACUGGAGAUCCCUGCACCCACAGAAGACAGCAUCCAGGUCCAUCUGAUAGGGGAGAAGGGCCCCAUCAUGGCGCUGACCAGUGAGAUCAGCUCAGGAGACGCUGCAAGUGAAGAGAAGAGCCGCUGCUUUGUAACACUCGAAGAGGGCCGGAUAAAGACAGCCACGCUGCACACAGAGGCCACAGAGUGCACAGCCACCGGCUGACCAUCAGGAGACGCCGGCUGUCCUCAGCCUGGGAAGAUGACAGAAGAGCUGGAUGUUGCACAGCGUGUCAGGUUGGAACAUUACAGACAUUAACUGAGCUCAGCUGGUGGCGCUCACUGAAGAUUUAACUGUCGGUUGACAUGUUUAAUCACUCAUUCAGUUCAAGACGUGAUGUGGAAAUCAACAAGGAGAACUAUUUAUGCGAACAAGGGUGAGGAUGACAGUUUGACUGGUCUGACUUUGGAUGAGAGACAACAGGAGCUGCAGUAUUUCUAGAGGGUCUGUGUUGUACACUAUCUUCAUGUACUAAUGUAGGUUUACUGUAGAAUAGUUGCUUUCUUUAUACAUUUUGUUUUUGACUUUUGGACAUUAAACUUUGAACUUUCCUCAAAA